UUUUCUUUUCAGACACGCAUAAUGUGUUGUAUUCCCAAUGAGAAUUAAACUAUAUUAAGGGUCUUGUGUAUCAUUCAACUUUUCUAUUCCAUUUUCUUUCUAAAUUAACCAAAAUGUUCUUUUAGAGCAUCAUUGAAAUGAUGAAAAAUAACAUAGUUCAUGCACUUGUUGGUUGUUUCCAUAUGAUGUUUCCAACAAUAUUCAUAUAGUACUCUUUCUUGAAGUACACAAAGUGAUCAAUAGUUCAAAUUCCAAGAUUUUGAGCAACAAAGUAAAGCUAAAAGAUGGAAAACUUUUGGAGCAUGAUUUGUGGAGACUGUGGUAAUGUUGAUAAUGAAGGAAAACCUUUCUGUUAUGAUUUAGCACUUUUGAAAGAUCCUUCUUCAUGCAUCAACCAUGUGUUGGUCUUUUCAUUUGAUGUGAUAGUCCUUACCAUGUUGAUAUUUAUCAUGAUCCUGAAGUCUUCCUCGAGACCUUUUCGAAGUCUAGUACGAUAUUCAAACUUGCAGUUAGUUUCUGCCAUAAUCAAUGGCUUUCUAGGGUUGUUGCAUUUAUCCUUAGGAGUUUGGAUUUUAGAGGAGAAGUUAAGGAAAAACCAUGAAGUCUUUCCUCUUAAUUGGUGGUUGCUAGAACUCUUUCAUGGACUCACAUGGUUGUCGAUAAGUUUAUCUAUAAGUCUUCGGAUAAAACAACUCUCAAGAGCAUGGUUGUGGAUGUUUUCUGUUCUCGUAUUCUUUGUUUCCGGUAUAUUAUGUGCUUUAUCGAUAUCUUAUGCAAUUGGAAGCAAAGAAUUGUCACUCAAGGUAGGUUUAGAUGUUAUAUCAUUUGUAGGAGCAAUUUUGUUGCUUUUAUGCACAUACCAAACAUGUAAACGCAAAGAUGUUGAAACGGAAAUCGAUGAUAGUCUUCGUGCGCCUUUAAUAGGCCAAUUCGAUGAAAUUAAUCCUGUUAGCCAUGUUACUCCAUUUGGCAAUGCUGGAUUCUUGAGUAAGAUUUGGUUUUGGUGGUUAAAUACAUUGAUGAAAACAGGUCAAACGAAAACACUUCAAGAUGAGGAUAUCCCGAAAUUAAGAGAGUCUGACCGAGCAGAAAUUUGUUAUUCGUCAUUUCUGGAACAGUUAAACAAACAAAGACAAUGUGAGUCGUCAUAUCAAUCAUCGGUUUUAUGGACCAUCUUUUUGUGCCAUUGGAGAGAGAUUUUGGUAACCGGAUUCUUUGCGUUGUUUAAGGUACUCGCUCUAUCUUCUACUCCUCUACUUCUUAAUGCCUUCAUAUUGGUUGCCGAGGGUAACGAAAGUUUCAAAUAUGAAGGUUAUGUAUUGGCCGUUUCACUCUUUGUUAUAAAAAUCAUAGAAUCCCUAUCACAAAGACAAUGGUAUUUCCACACUAGACUUGUUGGGAUGAAAGUUAGAUCACUACUUAAUGCAGCCAUUUAUAAGAAAAUAUUACGGCUAUCGAAUUCUGCUAGGUUGAUUCACUCUGGUGGUGAGAUAAUGAAUUACAUGAUCGUAGAUGCUUAUAGAAUCGGAGAAUUUCCAUUCUGGUUUCACCAGACAUGGACAACAAUUCUCCAAUUGUGUAUUGCAUUAGUAAUUCUUUUCCGCACAAUUGGACUAGCAACGCUUGCAUCAUUGGCGGUGAUAGUUCUCACUGUGAUUUGCAAUUAUCCACUAGCAAAGUUACAACACAAGUAUCAGAGCAAACUUAUGGUGGCACAAGAUGAGAGAUUAAAGGCUAGUUCGGAGGCUCUUGUGAAUAUGAAAGUGUUGAAGUUGUAUGCGUGGGAAAAUCAUUUUAAAAAUGUUGUCGAUUUUUUAAGAAAUGCGGAACUGAAAAUGUUAUAUGCAGUGCAAUUAAGACGAACAUAUAACGUCUUUCUCUUUUGGACCUCGCCGAUGUUGGUGUCUACUGCUUCUUUUCUAGCAUGUUACUUCUUGGAUAUUCCUUUACAUGCAAGUAAUGUUUUCACUUUUGUGGCAACUGUGCGCCUUGUUCAAGAGCCAAUUACAAGUAUUCCAGAUGUCAUUGCGGUGAUCAUUCAGGCAAAAGUUGCAUUUGCUCGAAUUGUUACUUUCCUUGAUGCACCAGAACUGCAGAGUGAAAAUUUGAAGAACGAGUGCUUUGAUGACAACCUCAAAGGAUCAAUUUCAAUAAAAUCUGCUAACUUUUCAUGGGAAGGUAAUGCAUCAAAGCCAACCCUGCGGAACAUAAAUUUAGAGGUUAAGCACGGCCAAAAAGUGGCUAUCUGUGGAGAAGUUGGCUCCGGCAAAUCAACCCUCUUAGCAACAAUUCUUGGAGAAGUUACCAAAAUAAAAGGAAUCGUUGAUGUUUACGGGAGGUUUGCAUAUGUUUCUCAAACACCAUGGAUACAAACAGGUACAAUACGGGAAAACAUUUUGUUUGGAUCUGAAUUGGAUGAUCAAAGAUAUCAAGAAACACUUCAAAGGUCUUCAUUGAAAAAGGACUUUGAGUUGCUUCCCUAUGGCGACCUCACUGAAAUAGGUGAAAGAGGAGUUAAUUUAAGUGGAGGUCAAAAACAGCGAAUUCAACUAGCUCGUGCUCUUUAUCAGAAUGCUGACAUAUAUCUAUUGGAUGAUCCAUUUAGCGCUGUUGAUGCACAUACUGCAAAAAAUUUGUUUGAUGAAUAUAUCAUGGAAGGACUCAAAGGGAAAACAGUCUUACUUGUGACUCAUCAAGUCGACUUCCUCCCUGCGUUUGAUUCUGUUUUGUUGAUGUCAGAGGGGGUAAUCCAGCAAGCUGGUCCAUAUCACCAGCUAUUAACCUCAAGCCAAGAAUUCCAGGACCUCGUCAAUGCUCACAAGGAGACUGCUGGUUCUAACGAGCUUGUGGAUGUUACUUUUUCUCAGAGACAUUCAUCUUCAAGAAAGGCUACACAAGAUUCCGUGGAACAGCAGUUUAAAGAAACCAAUGGAAAUCAAUUAAUUAAGCAAGAAGAAAGAGAGAAAGGAGACGCAGGGUUGAAGCCUUACUUACAAUAUUUGAAUGAGAUGAGAGGCUACAUAUUCUUCUCAUUGGCAUCCCUUUGUCACCUUCUCUUCGUUGUUUGUCAGAUAUUGCAAAACUCGUGGAUGGCUGCUAAAGUUGACGACCCCCUCAUCAGCACAUUGAAAUUGAUUUUAGUUUAUUUCCUAAUUGGUUCUUUUUCAGUAGUUUUCUUGUUCACUAGAAGUCUACUUGUAGUUUCUUUGGGUCAUCAAUCAUCAAAAAAUUUAUUUUCACAGUUGAUGAACUCCCUCUUUCGUGCACCGAUGUCAUUUUACGAUUCUACACCAUUGGGAAGGAUACUUAGUAGGGUCUCAUCUGAUCUGAGCAUUAUGGAUCUCGACCUUCCAUUUAGCCUCACGUUUGCAAUGGGAGGCACAAUCGUUUUUUGUUCUAGUCUGACAGUUUUGGCAGUCGUCUCAUGGCAAGUCUUGAUUGUGGCUAUACCAAUGGUUUGUGUUGCAAUUCGCAUGCAGAGAUACUACUUUGCCUUGGCAAAAGAACUAAUGCGGAUGAAUGGCACAACAAAAUCAUCAUUAGCUAAUCAUGUAGCUGAAACUGUUGCCGGAGCUGCAACAAUUAGGGCUUUUGAGGAGGAAGAUCGUUCUUUUGAGAAGAACCUUGAUCUAAUUGAUAAUAAUGCAAGUGCUUUUUUCCAUAGUUUUGCCUCGAAUGAGUGGUUGAUCCAACGGUUAGAAACAAUCAGUGCAGUUCUUCUCACUGCUGCAGCACUUUGCAUGGUUAUGCUUCCCCCUGGAACAUUCACCUCAGGAAUUAUCGGCAUGGCUCUAUCUUAUGGCCUUUCAUUAAACAAUUCCUUAGUAUUUUCAAUUCAAAAUCAAUGCACUGUUGCUAAUCACAUAAUAUCAGUAGAGAGGCUAAAACAAUACAUGCAUAUAGAAAGUGAGGCGAAAGAAAUAGUAGAAGAAAACCGUCCUCCUUCGUAUUGGCCAGUUGCCGGCAAAGUAGAAAUAAAUAAUUUGAAGAUACGAUACAGGUCUAAUGGACCACUUGUACUUCAUGGGAUCACAUGCACAUUUGAAGCAGGGCAUAAGAUUGGUAUCGUCGGAAGAACAGGCAGUGGGAAAUCCACUCUUAUCAGUGCUUUAUUUCGUCUUGUGGAACCAGCAGGAGGCAAAAUUAUAGUUGAUGGAAUAGACAUAUCAUCUAUUGGUCUUCAUGAUUUGAGGUCACGUUUUGGUAUUAUACCUCAGGAUCCUACCCUUUUUAAUGGGACAGUAAGAUAUAAUUUGGACCCUUUAUCUCAACACACUGAUCAAGAAAUAUGGGAGGUUCUCGGGAAGUGUCAGUUGCGAGAAGUUGUCCAAGGGAAAGAAGAGGGUUUAAACUCGUCAGUUGUUGAAGAUGGAUCAAACUGGAGCAUGGGACAAAGGCAGUUAUUCUGUUUGGGGCGUGCGCUUUUGAGGAGAAGUCGAAUAUUGGUGUUGGAUGAAGCAACUGCUUCGAUUGAUAAUUCUACUGAUCUUAUUCUCCAGAAAACCAUUAGGGCUGAGUUUGCAGAUUGUACAGUGAUCACAGUGGCACAUAGGAUACCAACUGUGAUGGAUUGCAGUAUGGUUCUUGCCAUAAGUGAUGGAAAAUUGGCGGAGUAUGACGAGCCAAAGAACUUGAUGAAGAGAGAAGAAUCGUUGUUCAGGAAGCUUGUCAAGGAAUACUGGUCUCAUUUUCAGUCUGCAGAAUCGCAUUGAUCUUUUUCUCUUGAACAAGCAAUAUAUCAAGAACGUAAGCACGUGACAGAGUGAGUGUGUAGAAAAAUCUAGAAUUAGGUAAGUAGGAGAAGAAUUCUGAAUUUUGUGGAAAUCGUUGGCGAGGCAGAGUGAAUGAGUCACUCCUUCCUUAGCAGUUUCUCUUAUUCUUUGUAUUGGUCCUUUCUUCAUUUGCAUGUUGCGAGGAGUACAUUUGGUUGAGUUUUAUUCCUAUAGUUUUGCAAUUGAAUAUUGUAAGAAGAUUACUUCUUCCGAUACCGAUCAGAUUUCAGUAUCAAUAUUAAUAUUAAUUCCGUUUCGUUGUUA